GGCGGCGGCAGCGGCACAGCCUCCAUCACCAUGACUGACGUCCUGUGGAUUACUUUCACUGCGUUUUAAAACGGGACUCGAGAAGGAACCAUGGCUGAGAGGUUGGAAUGGGUGGAAAUCAUCGAGCCGCGCACUCGAGAGCGCAUGUACGCCAACCUGCUGACGGGCGAGUGCGUUUGGGACGCCCCGGCGGGUGUACAGAUCAAGCGCAGUGGACAGGAUCAGUGGUGGGAGCUCUUCGACUCCAAAACGUCCCGAUUCUACUACUAUAACGCUUCUACCCAGAGUACAGUUUGGCACCGCCCACACAGCUCUGACAUCAUACCCCUCGCCAAGCUCCAAACGCUGAAACAGAACACGAACGCGGCUCCGCCCUCUGCUACAACGACCAGUGCCUCGGCUGACAGCAGCCCCGCCCGCAGUGCCGUCAGCACGACAUCAUCACAAGAGCAGGAGGAGAAAACGUCAGCCAGUGAGGAGGGAGAGAGGUUUAGAUGGGGGACUGGGACCAGAGAGAGGAUGCUCAUCAAGGUGUCGGAUCGAGAACCCAGUUUUCUAUCGCAGGGAAAUGGAUAUUCCAGUUCGUCUCCACGCUCCAGACGAUCGUCCAGCAAUGCCCCUUCAGACCCUGAAGCCACGCCCCAUUCCCUGCCUGACCGCGGCCAAACGAAAUCUCCGUUCCUGAAGAGGGUGGAGCUGGGCGGCACUCAGCGUCGUUGCUCAGGCGACUCUCAGCCAUCAUCCCCUCGCUAUGCUUAUGAACCUCCCCUCUACGAGGAACCGCCUUCGGAAUACCAGUCCCCACCUAUUUACGAGGAACCACCCACAGACAUGCAUUGCGAUCCGGCCUUUUAUGGUUCUGAUAGGUCACCGGCACGUAAACCAGGUCUCUACCACUCUCCCAAGCAAAACCCUUCUCCUUACGGUCAACUAGUGUUGACGAGACAGCGGAGCUCCACGCCCGAAAAGACGUCCAACCAAGGUGAUCGAGACUAUAGCUCUGCAGGGCGGGACUACAGGUCCAGUGGGCGGGAUUACAGCUCUGCUGUGAGGGACUACAGCUCUGGUGGGCGGGAUUACAACUCUAGUGGGCGAGAGUACAGCGCGGCUGGGCGGGAAUAUGUUAAGCAGCUGGUUUACGUUGAGCAGUCAGGCUCUUCCCCUCAGUUUAGGACGACAGAGCAUCUUCUGAGCUAUGGGACGACUAGUUCAAAUAGUUUGUCAGCCGGAUUGUCGUACGGUGGCUCCUUUACGCUACAGCACAGUCACAAUGUCAAUGGCGCCAACCGAAAACGUAAGAAUCGAAAGCCGUCCCUUCCGGGAGGGGAGGGAGAAAGCUUGGGAUCGGGUCUUGGGGCGAUGAUCACUCAAGCCCGAUUGGCUUGGGAGGCCCAGCAGAUGUUACAUCAGCGAGGGGGUGUGUCCUCCGACCAAGGAGGGAAGGAUGGGUACGAAAGCGAUGGGGCCACGCCCCUGCCUUUGCCCGGCCCGGUUGUGCGGGCGUUCAGUGAAGACGAAGCCCUUGCGCAACAGGAUGGGCACUGGAAGCGUGCCACCCUGGACAGAUUGGCAUUUCCUCAAACGUUGUUAGAAAAGAGUUUAUCGGUGCAAACCAACCUGGCAUCACCGGAACCCUACCUUCACCCAUCACAGUCGGAAGAUCUCGGAGCAUGUUCUCAGUUUGAGGCAAGUCGGAAUGCUCGGAACAUGAUGCCUAGCGCGAGCUGCGGUGUUUUCCCAGAAUUCACGCUGCGCAAACCGUCCUCAGAAACAGACAUUGAGAACUGGGCGUCCAAACACUUCAACAAGCACACACAGGGUCUGUUUAGGAGGAAGGUCUCCAUUGCUAACAUGCUAGCGUGGAGCAGCGAGCCCAUCAAGAAACCCAUGAUCGUGACGAACGACCGGACCGUCAAACGUGAAGCAGUGGAGCUCUUCAAACUCAUCCAGACAUACAUGGGGGACCGGCGGGGGAAAGGCGACCCGCUGGCUGUGGCUCUGGAGGUGGCCGUGAGGGGCUGGAGCUGUCAGGGACUGAGAGAUGAGCUCUACAUCCAGCUGUGCAGACAGACCACUGAGAACUUCCGCUACGACAGUCUCCAGAGGGGCUGGGAGCUCAUGGCCAUCUGUCUGGCCUUCUUCCCUCCCACCCCUCGAUUCCACAACUACCUGGAGGGCUACAUCUACAGACACAUGGACCCUCUGAACGACACCAAGGGAGUGGCGAUAAGCAGCUAUGCAAAAUACUGUUACCGUAAACUCCAGAAGGCUGCGCUUACAGGAGCUAAAAAGGGUUUGAACAAGCCCUCGAUAGAAGAGAUCGCCCACGCUCACAACGCCAUCUUCAGGCCCUCCAUGUUCGGUUCAUCUCUAGAGGAAGUGAUGUCGAUGCAGAAGGAACGUUACCCUGAUCGACAGUUGCCAUGGGUACAGACCCGCCUCUCAGAGGAAGUGCUGGGCUUGAAUGGAGAUCAGACUGAAGGCAUCUUUAGGGUGCCAGGAGAUAUUGAUGAAGUAAACGCUCUGAAGUUACAGGUGGACCAGUGGAAGAUACCGACAGGCCUGGAAGACCCACAUAUUCCAGCGUCUCUGUUGAAGCUGUGGUACAGGGAGCUGGAGGAGCCCGUGAUUCCUCAUGAAUAUUAUGAACAGUGUAUCAUGAACUAUGACAGUCCUGCAGCCGCUGUGAACGUCGUGCUCAGUCUCCCUCACAUCAACAAACUGGUACUCUGCUACCUCAUCCGAUUCCUACAGGUAUUCGCUCAAGCCGCCAGCGUGUCUAUGACUAAGAUGGACGUGAGUAAUCUGGCCAUGGUGAUGGCACCCAACUGCCUGCGCUGUCAGUCCGACGACCCGCGCGUCAUCUUUGAGAACACGCGCAAAGAAAUGAGCUUCAUCCGCGUGUUGAUCCAGCACCUUGAUACCAGCUUCAUGGAUGGGGUGCUAUAGCGAACAAACACACACACAUUCAGACACUUUCAUACACACAUUAAUAUUCACACCGAGACAUUUGCACUUCGAUUUCCAGGUGAAAAGAAAUACGUUCGCCCACACAUGAAUCACCCAGCAUACAACCUCAUUGAGCUCACAUAGUUUACACUCACACACUUCACACACACUGCAGAAAAUCAUUUUCUUAAUCAGUAUAUUCGUCUUGUUUUCUAAUAAAAUAUCUUAACCUUUAUUUACUUGAGAAGCAAAAUUGUGUUCAAAAAGAAUACAAUCUUCUUGUUUUAAAGCUGAAGAAAACUCCCCUCGACCGCCAUUGGUUAAUCAAACAGAUAGUCCCGCCCCCAAUUUACACCAUUGGUUGAGGCGAUGCUGUUGUGUCGGACUGGAUGAGCCGCUCAAAAAAUACGAUUAUUUAUAACGCCAGAGAGACACAGUGUUUACAGUUUUUGAGAAAAUGAACCAACAAAUGGCUUACUUUUAGUUAACACCGAAACACUUGAACACUUCAACUUUAACCAUAAACCUCACGAAAUUUUGUUAGGUUAAUGUUUAAAACAACAAGAAGCCAAUUGUCUUUAAAUAGACAAUUGGCUUUCGUUUAGUCACAGCUUUGAACACGACUGCUUUUCGGCUGAAGGGGGAGGGGCAUUCUCAGUGCAGUGCAGGAUGAUGUCAUCAAUAUUUUUGGCCCGUUUUCCUGUAACAGAAACACUGUAAAUUGUAAAAUGCGUAUAUCUGCUGACAGUUCAUUUUGUCAGCUUUUAUGAUUUCACUAGCAUAUAGAUGACCUCAAAGCUAAUAGGCGUGGCCUAAAAGCCACAAAACUCUUAUUCUGAUUUCAUAUUUUUACUGGAAAACUACACAGUACUGAUUCAGAGAGUGAUUUCUACACACUGACAUCCAUAUUCCAAAACACACCAAACCUCUUAGGUCAACAAAUCUUCAAUCCCCUUUGAUUUUUGAAUGUUUCUGAGUGGAUUACCAUCCAUCCUUACACAAUAGCAACUGUCCUGCUUUGAUUUUGUAGUGUGCAUGUACGUAUUGAAUGUGUCCAUUUCUGUUUUUUAACUUGACUGACUUGUAGAACAGUCCGUCUGAUUUUCUAUGAUUCAUUUAUUUGUUAUUUAUUUGAAUGAAGGUUUGUAAGUAUUGUACUGCCUUUUGAAAUAGAAAACACCAAUCUUAUGUUCCACUGUUCAUAUGGAUUUAUCUGUGUGUGUUUGUGUGAGAGAGCGCGUGUGUGUUCGCUUAUCACCUGUCACAUUCACUGCUAAUUGUUUAUACACUAUUGUGUAUGUCUUACUGAAACGAUACACUACACGAAUGCCCCUCAUAUUAAACUUCCUACAUUAAAGCUGACGUGUGUAAUUUAUUUGCCAAACGCAAUUACAAAAAAUAAUCGCUGUUUUCAUUCAAACAGAUUCCAGAAAACUUCCCGUCAACCAUUGGUUGAACAAACAAAUAGCCCUGCCCCACACUCACGCCAUUGGUUGAGCCAAUGUUGCUGUGUCGGGCUGGACGAGGAAUGUUUUGAAAGCACCACAGAGUCACAUUCUUUGGUGAACUCAACCUACAAAUGGUUUACUUAAUGUUGACUUAUAUUAAGUGUUUUAACAUUGAAAAUUACACACUUCAGCUUGAAAUUCUCUCAUACACACAAGCCCCAAAUUACAAGCAUGCAAACACCCUCAUUCACACACACACACACUGAUUUGGUGCUUGUAAUGAUCUUUACCAUACUGCCAAACACAGAGUAUUGACACUCUGUGCCCAUUCCUGCCUUUCAAAGUGAGACAGACAAAUAGAGAGAGAGAGACAGAUGGAGUAAAAGGGGUGAAUCUCACGAGGAAUACGUCCAGGUCAUAUUUCACCCCAAAACCAAAAGAAUAAAUAAGUCAUUAUAUUUUGCAUAAAGUAAAUAAAGAUUAUUAGGAUAUUUUCACAUUAUGAUAAUGUUAAUUGGGGGGUAAAAUGUUUUUAAUUGUCAUAAAAACAAUAAUGUAAUGCAUUUGUCUCAAUGGUCCAAAAACUGGUUUCAUUUUCUGGAAUUGCUGGAAUACUCCAUUCUGAUUGGUUAAUCACAUCAUCCACUGGUCAACCGGGUAUUGACCUGUUUCAUGUGAUAUCACUGUAUGACUGCUCUGCCAUGUUUGUGACCAAUAUUCCAUAUAAUUUCAAUGUGCUGUGCGGUGGGAUGCAACAAAAGCCUCCUUUGGGAGUUAAAAGCAGCUCUUGCAUUUAUACAGACGUUUUGUAAUAUAGUGACCAAAUCAAGAGAGGUGUUUACGAUGAUGUACCGGUGGGCGUGUGUACUCGCUGUUCACACAUCAGACUCGCUGGCGUAUGGAGACGAAUCGUGGAUAAAAUAUAUUUUAAUGUCCGCGUAAGUCCAAUUUGGCAAUAUUUAUGCAGUCUUCAGACCUGUAUGAACUUUUCCUGGGACUUGGCAUGGAUCAAAAUCAAAUUUUGAUCUUUUUCUUAAUAUCAUUUCACAGGUGUUUUUCCAUUCACUGCCAUUGUUUCCUCCUGCUGAUGGUCAAAUAUGGCGGCUGCGAGGAAAAAGUGACGUCACUGAAACAGUUCAAUUGCGAGUCAUCUUUCCUACUUCACGUAUCAUUCGACGAUCUCAACAAGUGAAUUAAAUAAUAUCAACUCAACUAAAUUAAUAUUUACUUAUUUUUAUAUUAAACAAUUUUUAUCCCCUUUUCUCCCAAUUUGGAAUGCCCAAUUCCCACUACUUAUUAUGUCCUGACGGUGGCGCGGUUACUCGCCUCAAUCUGGGUGGCGGAGGACAAGUCUCAGUUGCCUCCGCUUCUGAGACCGUCAAUCCGCGCAUCUUAUCACGUGACUCGUUGUGCAUGACACCGCGGAGACUCACAGCAUGUGGAGGCUCAUACUACUCUCCGUGAACCAUGCACAAUUUACCACA